AUGGCCUCGACCGAUGUGAUCUAUGCGGAGGGGGAUAAGGAGGAGGACGAGGAGCAGGAUAACGUACAGGAGGACAUUAUCGAGGAGGAUGAGGAGGAAGGACCCGACCUGGAUCCGGAACAGCAAGAAUACUUGGAAUACCAGAGGAAGCUGGACGAAUUCUUGUCCCCGCUCAUCCCGCGGGAAGCGAUCCUCUACAAACUGGCGCGACGCUUCUCGAACGUCUACCGUGACCUCGCCUUGGAGUCCGAUCAACAGUUCCUGCCGACGCCGGUGACCAAGUUACCUACCGGCAUGGAGACCGGUCGGUACCUGGCGAUCGACGUGGGCGGGAGUAACCUACGCGUCGCGUUCAUUGAACUUCUCGGAGAUGCGGCGGAUUCCGACAACAAGCCCGCCGAUGCAACGGAGAGAACCAAAGAUACGAUCCGAAAGGCGCAGCGACAACGGGUGAGACGGACGUUAGAAAAGGCGUGGCCUAUUCAGGAGCAUCUGAAGAAGGACAAAGCGGAUGACCUAUUCUCCUGGAUCGGGGACUGUAUUGCGGAGGUGGUGGCGGAGAGCUUGACCUCGGAUGCGACCAAGGGCAGUAUACCGGAGGAGCUGGAGAUGGGAAUUACCUUCAGUUUCCCCAUUAUGCAGGAGUCUCUGACAGAAGCCACUCUGAUGCCAAUGGGCAAAGGAUUCGCCAUCACGUCGGACCUCAACCUGCGGAACAUCUUGCUGAGCGGUUACGAGAAGCACACGAAGCGGCCGGAUGAUGACCACGAGCCGUCCAAGAAGCGCCGCAAACUGUACUCCCUGCCGAAGCUAAAGAUCGCCGCAAUCACCAACGACGCCGUCGCCACGCUGGCUUCGCUGGCAUAUGCGGUCAAGUCUCUGCCCAACAGCCGCGUCGCAAUGGGCAUCAUCGUAGGCACGGGAUGCAACGCCACCAUCCCCAUGAAGCUUAGCGCACUCCACGAGUCCAAGGCGAACCAUGUCCGGUCGAAGAACCCGGCGGCUGAGGAGACCGUGAUCAACACGGAGUGGACCAUCUCGGGUGCCUUGCCUCCUCUUCAAGAGCUCAACAUCAUUACGAAAUGGGACGACGAGUUGGACCGAGCGUGCGCUCGCCCCGGAUUCCAACCCUUCGAGUAUAUGACCGGCGGCCGGUAUAUCGGCGAACUGAUCCGGAUCAUCCUGUUCGACUACCUCGUCAACAUCGCCGGACUGUCGCCGAAACAGCUGCCAGCGACCCUGAUCCAAGAGUACGCCCUGACGACGACGUACGUCUCCGACACCGUGGCCCGGGCUCGGUCCGAUCUAGAUCUAGUCGAUGUCUUGAAGCGAACGCUACCACCGCCGGAGAGCAGCGACUGGCAUUGGGACGUGAUGACCGCAGGAGCCUUCCGGAAGAUCGCCCGAACGGUCCAACGGCGAUCUGCGGGCCUGAUCGCGGCGGCCGUGGUGGGUCUGCUGGCCUGCACACGGGAGAUUGAAUUGAAAGCAGAUAGCACCGAGAAUUCGCCAGAGAGCUCCCUUGCUCCCUCGCCUGCCCCCAACGGCAACACCCCGCUCCCGGGGCCAUCCAUUGAUAGCCUGACCCCGGGGAUAUCUGAUGGCGUGAACAACGGCGGCCAAGGCCACAUUGUGCCUGUCCUGUCUCCCACCCCGACGCCGGCAGACUGGGAGUCGGGCCCUGAGGAACUGGUAGUCGCCUACACGGGCGGCAUCAUCCAGCAAUACCCGCAGUUCAAGGAGAUGUGCCAACAAUACAUUGACCGGCUCAUCAUGCGGACGGGGCCCCAGAAGAGCGGGAAGUCGGUCUUCCUGCGAGAAGCAUCCGACGGAGGGGUCAUUGGUGCCGGGGUCCUCGCCGGAAUUUCCACGGUAGGAUAG